AUGUCCAGAGGCACCUCGCUCGGCCUCAAGACGGUCCAGUGGCUCCUCCGCUGCGUGCAGCUGCUGUGCGCCGUCAUCGUCCUCGGCAUCUACGCCUACUUCCUCGCCGCCCUCGCCAACCACGCGCUGCCGACGCCGACGAACGUAAAGGCCGUCGAGGGCGUCGCCGGCGUCGCCGCCGCCUACGCCCUGCUUGGCCUGCUGCUGCUCUGCUGCCUCGCCGGCCGCACUCUCGCCUCCUUUGCCGCCAUGUGUCUCGAUUUCGCCUUUCUCUGCGCCUAUAUCUUUGUUGCCGUCGCCAACAAGGGCGGCGCGGGCAGCUGCACCGGCGACGUCACCACCGUCUUUGGCAGCGGCAAGGCCGAGGACACGCUCAAGGCCGGCCCCGGCUUCACCAAGAUCCCGAGCUACCGCACCGCGUGCAAGCUCCAGACGGCGUGUCUCUCCAUUGCCAUCAUUGCCAUCUUCUUCUACAUCUUCUCGUUCUUUGUCGAGCUGGCGCUCGGCCGCAACCACCACCGCGAGAAGCGCCUCGCCAACUCGCCGCCGCAGAUGCAGAUGCCCUUUGCCGAGAACCCGUACAGCAACUACCAGCCCGAGCCGCCGCAGCGCCGGACAGGCUUCCUCGGCCGCGUCUUUGGCCGCGGCGACCGCGGCGGCGGCCAGCACGCGCUGCCUCAGCACGACCCCAAUACCCUCCCCGCACACGCCCAACCCGACGACAUGCCCAACCGCGACUCGCAGGUCACCGCCGUCGGCCAGGAGCUGUCCCCGUACAACAAGUACGAGACGGGCUACGGCAACGCCGCCGCUGCUGCCGACUCCUCCCCGGUGUCUCACAGCCCUACAGUCGCCGGCCACACGGGCGAGGCCGCGACGACGACGACGUACACGUAUCCCUAUGCUGGUGACACGUACACGCACGCAGGCGACCCGUACACACAUGCCGGGGACCACUACGGCCAUGCGGGCGAUGAUUACCACUACCACAGCAACGCCGCUGGCGCUGCUGCCGGCGCCCACAAUAUGGGGACACUUCCAUACCCCGCGGACGACCCGUACGAGCCGCACCGCGCCUCGCCGCCUCGCCUCCAGACUACACCACGGUAUCCGGACCCGAGCCACCAUUACAAUGACGGCAUCUACGACCGCCCGUAA